AUGGCUCGAACCAAGCAAACCGCACGCAAAUCCACCGGAGGAAAGGCUCCGAGGAAGCAACUGGCAACCAAAGCCGCCAGAAAGUCCGCUCCUGCCACAGGCGGCGUGAAGAAGCCUCAUCGCUUCAGGCCGGGAACGGUGGCGCUCAGAGAAAUCAGAAAGUACCAGAAAAGCACCGAAUUGCUCAUACGAAAGCUUCCGUUUCAGCGUUUGGUGCGAGAAAUCGCUCAGGAUUUCAAAACGGAUCUUCGGUUUCAGAGCAGCGCUGUUUCUGCUUUGCAGGAAGCCGCAGAGGCUUACCUGGUUGGACUCUUCGAAGACACAAACCUCUGCGCCAUUCACGCCAAACGCGUCACCAUCAUGCCGAAGGAUAUUCAGCUCGCUCGCAGAAUCAGGGGGGAGAGGGCUUAA